GACAGUAGCAGUGGUGGGUGACGUAAUAGGGGUGUGGCAUGAUUGCGAGUGACGUUUCAGGAAGUCAAACAUGGCGACCGGACAGCAAUGGGUGUUGGUGGAAAUGGUCCAGGCGUUUUAUGAGGCCCCUGCUUACCACCUUAUUUUGGAGGGAAUCCUCAUACUGUGGAUAAUUAGGCUUCUAUUCUCUAAGACCUACAAACUUCAUGAGACGUAUAAAUUGACAGAGAAGGAAAAGGAGGACCUGAUUGAGGAAUGGCAGCCAGAGGCACUAGUUCCUCCCGUUUCCAAAGACUAUCCCACCCUCAACUAUGAUGUUGUCACAGGACCUCCCAGCCACAAAAUCACAAUCAAUGGAAAAGACUGCAUUAACUUUGCAUCGUUCAACUUCCUGGGUCUCCUUGACAAUGAGCGUGUUAAGCAAAAGGCUUUGGCAUCACUGAAGAAAUAUGGUGUGGGCACUUGUGGUCCAAGAGGCUUCUAUGGGACCUUUGAUGUUCACCUGGAGCUGGAAAGUCGUCUCUCCAAAUUCAUGAAAACUGAAGAGGCCAUUAUUUAUUCAUAUGGCUUUGCGACUAUUGCUAGUGCAAUACCUGCCUACUCCAAGAGGGGUGACAUCAUCUUUGUAGAUGAAGCAGCCUGUUUCGCUAUACAAAAAGGUCUUCAGGCAUCCCGCAGCUUAAUCAAGUACUUCAAACACAAUGACAUGGAGGACUUGGAGAGGUUGCUUAAGGAGCAGGAGCUAGAGGACCUGAAGAAUCCUCGCAAAGCUCGAGUGACCCGGAAGUUCAUUGUAGUGGAGGGGCUCUACAUCAACACUGCAGAUAUCUGUCCUCUGCCUGAACUGGUAAAACUCAAGUACAAAUACAAGGUGCGGAUCUUUCUUGAGGAGAGCAUGUCAUUUGGUGUUUUGGGAGACCAUGGCCGAGGAGUCACAGAACACUUUGGGGUCAAUAUAGAUGACAUUGACCUGAUAAGUGCUAACAUGGAAAAUGCUCUGGCUUCCAUCGGAGGUUUCUGCUGCGGCCGCUCCUUUGUCAUCGACCACCAGCGUCUCUCAGGCCAGGGCUACUGUUUCUCUGCCUCUUUGCCUCCCAUGCUGGCUGCUGCUGCUAUUGAGGCUCUCAACAUCAUGGAGGAGGACCCAGAUGUUUUUAGAGUCCUCAGAGAAAAGUGCAAACAUGUCUACAACGCUUUACAAGGAACACCAGGUCUAAAGUUAGUUGGAGUUCCAGUGGCCCCAGCUCUUCACUUGGAGCUAGAGAGAAGUUCUGGCUCCAGGGAAUCUGACAUGAAGCAGCUUCGUUCCGUUGUAGAUUAUUGUAUGGAAAGACAUGUGGCUCUGACCCUAGCUCGGUACCUGGAAAAAGAGGAGCGCUUUCUUCCACCUCCCAGUAUCAGAGUGGUGGUCACCGUUGAACAAACAGAGGAAGACAUCCAGAAGGCUGUGGCUUGUAUCAGAGAGGCAGCUUCAGCGCUCCUCAUAAGUUAGCAGACAUCACUGGAGCUUUAACAGAAGUCUACACCACUGGUUGGGUGGAACAACAGUUUGAUCCGCAAGAUGCGGACCGACUCGUGAGAUCUCUACUAAUGAAUGAAUGUCAAUGAUUCCUUUUUUUCCUUGUUGAUAUUAUAUGUAUGUUAUAUGUUCUACAUGUUGAAAGUUAGUGUGGGCCUUUCUGCUCUGAAUAAAAAUGCCCCCAAACACUAAUAGAGAACAUUUUCAUUUAGAACUUAACUUGAUUUCCACAAAACAAAUGCUUUUUUAUUUACUGACCAAAAAAGCCUUUUUGAUUGAUUUGUGUCUGCAGUCUACUCCUACUUGAACUGUGCACAGUUGUUCCACUUUUGUAACAAAUAAAUACAGAUUUUUACACCUUGGAUCAUUUUCAGGUGAAUUGAAA